CCUAUCUGAAUGAGGUCAAACCUCUCUUCAAACCGAAAGCAAAAUUUUCACAAUCAUGAGGUGAUGGUAGUUUCUGUUCAUAUAUCAGAAUAUCUACAAUAAUGGCGACUUCUAGCUCAGACAUCGACUUUGAUUUGGUGAAGACUCUCGGAGAGGGAGCCUUCGGUAAAGUGUACCUGGUGACGGACAAGCACAACCCGACAGAGCAGUAUGCCAUGAAAGUGAUUAACCUGUCCAAGUCCCCAGAAGAAGAAAGAGAAUUGGCCCUGAAGGAGGCACGUCUCCUGUCCGACUUUAACCAUGAGAAUAUCUUGCGCUACAUAGAGUCGUUUGAGCAGGAUGGAGCGCUGUGCAUUGUGACCGAGUUCUGUGACGGGGGGGACUUGAGCCAGUAUCUGGAGGCCAGGAAGAACAAACCACUACAAGAAAACAGGAUUGUGGAAUGGUUUAAAGAAAUCUGCUGUGCCUUAUCGUAUCUACAUGGCAGAAAGAUCAUACACAGAGACAUGAAGACCCAGAAUGUUUUCCUCACGGGAACGAGGAAGAUCGCCAAACUAGGCGACCUGGGACUUGCCAAAGUUUUAGAGCGACCUAAUGCCAAGGCAGUGACCUUCUGUGGAAGUCCCUAUUAUAUGAGUCCGGAACUAUUCGCCUGUAAACCUUACGAUGCCAAGAGUGAUAUAUGGGGCCUGGGCGUGUGUGUGUAUGAGAUGGCUACCCUUGAGCGACCUUUUGAUGCCAUGCUGAUGCAGCAGCUUGUCUUCAAGAUUGUACAUGGUCAGUUACCUCCCAUGCCAAAAGACAAAUAUAGUUCAGAACUGAUUGCUGUGAUGGAGAAGAUGCUUUGCAGGGAAUGUGAGCAACGACCUUCAGCUGAUGACCUUUUGAAUGACCCAGUGUUUCAAAAUCAUGUUCCACCUAAGACCCCACCCACACCUACCGCCAAACCAGUGCGGCAAAUGAACUGGUUAAAAGAAUCAAUGUCUCAGGGCGGUGGAGCUGAUGAGGGACGAGGGGUGUUUAACAUGGACAAUCUUAUGUCCACACUGACAGAGAAACACAAACAGCGACGACAGAAACUAGGAAAAUCAAUCAUUGCUUCAGCUCGGGUUGACAACAAAAUCAUGGCAUCAAAUUACUCUGAAAAUAAGUUUGACAAAACAUGUAAGGAUUUAUCUAGUUUUCGUAAGGACACUACUCUGAAGGCCACAGGUAACGAUGUCAUGCUGUCUUCAGUUACUUCACAAGAUAUGGAAGAAACUUUGGCUGCUGUGGCAAAAGGUCAACCUAAUCCGGCCAUGAUGUUACAACUAGUGGUCAGGACACUCACACAGAUAUUCCCCAAGGAUGAGGAUGAUGACAGUGAAGGAGCCUUUGCCUUUUUUGGUGAUGAUAGUGACCAAAUGGAUCCAGAGGUCAUGCUACUGGGUCAGAUUACCCAAUUACAGAGACAUUGUUUGCGUGCAAUGGGCGGUGACCUUGAGAAGUUUCGUAAAGCUUACGAUAUGCUCAGUCAUACAGACGAUGACAUGAAGUUGGAGGAGAAGCUUAUCAAGUUCCUCAGCCCACAGGUAUUUGGAAUAUGUGGAGUGCAGCUGUUCUACUGUAAGAACUUCGAGUACAACCUCCAAAAACUGCGUGACGGAGGCCGGGGUGCGACUGAAGCAUAGGCCCCAGUUAUAGGACCUGUAGGCUACUUAGGACUCCUGGAAGGCUGUGAUUACAAUAUUUAAAAUGUCAUAUGAUUGGAGGAAAUUCUUUGAUGUGCCAUAAGUAUAAUUACCUUGUUCACCUUCAAAACCUCAAACUGGCUGACAAUAAGUAAUGCUAUGUAUAUAUGAUAUUUUGUGAGAUCAUCGUACAGAGUAGUUACUGUGAUAGGACCGUUUAGGGUGACGUUUUUAACUUGGGUAGGAUGUUUUGUGGAGGGACGCUCUAUAAGCUUAGCUGCGAACAAAGAGGUAAAUACUAACUAUCUUGGUAAUAAAAUGGAGAUUGAAUGGUUCUUGUGGAUAUAUUUAGCAGGAAAGAUGGAUGUAAAUCAACAUUUCUGUUGAAAUAAUGGUUGACCUUGUGUUCUAGAAGUAUAUAGGUCAAGGUUAAAUCUACGGUAUACUUGAUACCGGUAAUUUAGGUUUAGGUAAUCAAACUAUUAGUGUUAUUCUUAGACCAUGAUGCUCUCCUAGGUUGAACCUAUGUGUAUGUAUAUAUAAUAAUAAGUUCUUGUAAUAUAAUAAAAAAUAUAACAGAAGAAGUGACAUCAAAACAAGGCCAAAUUUUACCUCUAUGUUUACAGAAAAUUUAUUAAUUAGAGUUAAAUAUAUGGCUGAUUUGAUAUCAUUUCAUAUCAGACCCAGGAUUUGCCUGAGCUUCAUAUGUCAGGCACAAUGGCCUAUUAAGCAGGGCUUGAUAUAGGUCAAUGGACAAUAUGGCGCCUGAUAUAGGUCGAGGGACAAUAUGGGGUCUUAUAUAUAGGUCAAGGAACAAUAUGGGGUCUUAUAUAGGUCGAGGGACAAUAUAGGGUCUUAUAUAUAGGUCAAGGAACAAUAUGGGGUCUUAUAUAGGUCGAGGGACAAUAUGGGGCCUUAUAUAGGUCGAGGGACAAUAUGGGGUCUUAUAUAUAGGUCAAGGGACAAUUUGGGACCAGAUAUAGGUCGAGGGACAAUAUGGGGUCUUAUAUAUAGGUCAAGGGACAAUAUGGAGUCUAAUAUUGAGAAAUACACUUAUAACUCUUGAAUUAUUUUCACUGUCAUUAUCAACAUUAUGACUUUUGUGUAUUAUUUUGUUGAACUCCACAGUUGUAUCAGCUAGUGAUUCCAAUAUGCUUUUUCCAUCCAUAUUUCCCUCAAAUGUUAAAAACAAAUGAUUUUGCAUUAGGAAACAGGCCUGAGCUGUUGGCCCUGAACUGUUGGCACUGAACCUUUGGUUUAGCUAUGGUAUCACACCCUGAUCCAGGUGGAUUGAGCAGGGCUGGGCAAUACUGAUAAAGGGAAAGAUGAUUGAUUACAUAGACAGUUUGAGUGAUCAUUUAAUCAAGUACAUAUAUGAUAAACAGAUAUAUGUAUAUAUUGCAUCCUAUAGAUAAUACCCAUACAUGAUUUUUGUGACCAAAAUAAACUUCAGAUAGACCUACAAGCAUUCAUGACAAUACCACGUCAUAUAUUCAGAUAGUCUGUGUAGUUGAAUUGACGUAGCACUUGAAUUAGUGAUAGGAUGCUACUUGUUCGUGGGCGUAAAUCUCCGCCUCAAUCCUGAUUCCUUUUUUACUCUACUAAUACCAGAUAGCAUUAAUGACGGUUAGGUUAUUUCUUAGAAUGUAAGUUAAUCCUCAAUUAGUGGUUAAUGUGUGAAACAUUGAUGUCUAUUCUUCAAACAUCAUUAAAACAAAGUCUCAGCAGGGGCGUUUCUAGAAAUUUUUGGACCUGUUUUUUAGCAAAAAAUGGUAUAUUAAAAUGAUUGGAUGGAUCUUAACAGCAGUAGACCAAUAACGAGAAAUUCCAAAUUGUAGGGUAUAAGGCGUUACUUAACAUUUCAAUAGUCCUAGGCCAGGAUUUUAUGAACGGGAGGCGUAACUACGGUUGCCCUGGUAGAGGGUCCAUGGUGGGUUUUUUUUAAAAGGAGGGGCGUACGCCCAUUACGCCCUCACCUGGACCCGCUCCUGCUCAGGAUCAAGAAAAGUCAAUAUAACAUAAGGUUACCCAAUCCAGGGUAUCUAGAACAUACAGACCCUCAGGCUCCAACAGUGAAAAAUAAUAACCUUGUCAGCAAAGACAAUUGUGGCAUAUAUUUAUGUUAAAAAGAAUAUUCAACCGUGACAGGGUUUUAAAUAAUUUUGAGGACAGAAAGGAUUUAUGUAACUUGUUAUUUUUAUAUUUUAAUCAGUUGAUAUGUUUUGUGAAAAUGUAUGAUGUAGUUUGUAUACAUGUGACCGUGUGGGUUUUCUUUGGGUACUCCAAUUUCCUCUCACCUCAAGACCCUCUGUACACUCUGGGCCAACAAGAGUGAUGAACAUAGUUUAGAAAAUUUAGUUCAUAAUUUUAGUAAAAUAAAUAAAAUUUAGAUUUUAUCAAUUUGAAUGUCUGGAACAAAAUAUUAUGUUUCUUGUGUAAAUUGAAGUUUUCUCUGACAGUAGAAAAUUCUGUAAUUUUAUAAUGGAAAAAGGAAAAAUGUACAACCUUGAUUACUUCUAAAUUAUAUGUACAUUAAUGAAUAAUGGUUCUUACAACAUGGGCCAAAAAUUAUCUCUCUCCAUAUUAGCAAGGAUGAGAAACAUGCUAUCAAGACAGUGAACUGAUAUAGUGAACGAGGGGCCUAUAUGUUUGAUUACAUUCUUGUUUUGGAUUUAUUUUUGCAUCAUAUAUAGAGUAUAUAGAUUUUGAAUCAAUAGCGUUAAGUAUGUAAAUGUUAUUACCUUGUAUUUACAGUAAAACAUUUGUUAUUAAACUGUGUCGACCCUCGGCCAACUAGAGAACAUUUCUAUAGUAGUGUUACAUGUCUUGAAUCUGUUUUCAAAAAAAUGACUGUCUCUACACUUUAAAACUAUCUGAAGGCUGUUGGUAUUUUUAAACAAAAUUUUAGUAACCAAAGCCACUUUCAUUAUUCAAUUCAACGUUUGUCGUUUACCUUCACGUUUGUUUGAGGUUUUUAUUUUGCAUUUGUUUUUGUUGACCAGUUAUUGGCCCUAAUGACCUCUCUUGUGUUGAUGGGUCGUUUAUCAUGUAAUUAUUAUAGUAAUGUUUCAACUACAUAUGUAAAAAAGUGAUGACAUUUCCACUAGCUACCAAUGACAAAAUGUUGUUUUUCACAAAUACAUAUGGAUAUUUUGAUUUCAAAAGUUAGGUAUGGUUAUUUUAAUUUCAAA